UGCGCCCUGCUUCAUAGCAGAGGGUCCGAGCAGCGACCGCAAGCUCGGCAUGUGCCGGAGCCUCGCUGCACUUUCCCAGCCCCCCUGCCAGCAUGAGGGGGGUCGGAGGGAGGGAGGCAGCGAGCGGGACGGGGCGAUCGGCGUCCGGCAGCGAACAGCCGCUGCGGAGCCUCGGCUUCCUGGAAGCGGAGCGCAGCUGGGUGGCGGACGGCGGCGAUAAGCGGCGGCUAUCGGGGCCCUCCCGGCAGCGCGGCCUUUUCGCGUCCCCGACGGCCGCCGCGGCAGCGCUGCGGGACUGCCGGACGGACGGGUAGUCGGCGGUUGGCCGGGAGCUCCGAGAAGCCGAGCCUGGAGAGCCUGCUCCGGGCGGAGAAAGGCAGCGGCUCGGCCCGCUGCGUCCCGGAGCUCCGACCCGGCCUCCGCCGGCGAGAGGUAUCGGGGAGCGGCGUGGCGGCGGCGGCAUCGCUUUGGGCAUCAGCAGAGGGGCCGCGUUCGAGAGCCGCGGGGCAACCGAGGCACCGGCACCUCACCGGUACCAAGAUUCACUAAUCAGUACUGGAAAUCCUGACUUUGAAGAAAAAUCCAGCAGACUUACUGAUUGGCAGUCAUGUCGGUCAAACUCACAUUCGUCUCUUCUGGUGAUGGAGGUGGUAUCAGUAGGAGUUGUUCCUUCACUGGAUUCAGCACUGUGCAAAGCAGAAAGUUAGCAAAGUCUCUCAGCAGAAGCUCAGUGAGAUCAAGAAUGUCAUUUAAAUCCCCCAGGGCUUAUUCUUCAUUGCAGAAAGGGGCAGUCAUCUGGGAUCCAAAACCACUGCAGGUGAAGAAAAUUUUUGAAGCUUUGAAGAAAGGACUUAAUGAGUACCUCAAAGCACAUCAGGCUGAACUGGAUUAUCUCUCUGAUCGACACAAAGAUACAAAAAGGAACUCCAGAUUGGCCUUCUACUAUGACCUUGAUAAGCAAAUUCGCUCUGUGGAGAGAUACAUUAGAAAACUGGAGUUCCACAUAAGCAAAGUAGAAGAACUCUAUGAAGCUUAUUGUAUCCAGUGCAGACUGCGAGAUGGGGCCACUAAUAUGAAACAUGCCUUUUCCUUGUCUCCUUCCACCAAAGCCUCCAGGGAGAGCCUGGUGGAGCUCUAUAAGAACUUUCAAGAGUGUACAGAGGACAUGUGCUUCAUAGAAGGGGCGUUAGAGGUCCAUUUAGGAGAGUUUCACUUGAAGAUGAAAGGCUUGGUGGGAUUUGCACGUCUCUGCCCAGGUGACCAGUAUGAGGUUUUUGUGCGACUGGGGCGCCAAAAAUGGAGGUUGAAAGGCAAGAUUGAGACUGAUGACAGCCAAACGUGGGAUGAAGAAGAAAAGAUCUUUAUACCCAAUCUCCAUGAGCAAUUUGAAAUCAAGGUGACAGAACUGCGAGGACUGGCCACAGUUCUAGUUGGUGUUGUGACAUGUGACAGCAUAAACUUCUUUACAACCAAGCCUCAAGCAAUCAUUGUGGAUAUAACUGAACUGGGCACUAUCAAGCUACAGCUGGAAGUCCUCUGGAACCCCUUUGAUGCAGAGAACCUGUUCUUGUCACCUGGAACUACCGCCAAGUUUUCUGUGGGUAGCAGGAAGAGCUCUUUAUACAACUGGACCCCACCUAAUACUCCCAGCUUCAGAGAGAAAUACUACCCAUCUGUUUUGCAACAAAGACAGAACCAAGGGGAUGUAAGUGGUGAAGCUCAGCCUCCCAGCAUAUUAAGUUACUUGGCUGCCUGUGAUUUUGGUGUACACGAGAGGAGUAAACAUCACAGUCCUGCAGAGACAAGUGAAGGAGACUCAUUCAGCUCUGAGGAUCAGAGAGUGACAGAGUCCAGCAUUACAGCUCCAGCUCUAGACAAUAGGACGUUGCCAUUGGUGAUUAUUCAAGAGACUUGUGCAGAAGAGCAGCAUCCUCUUCCAGACCAUGCAACUCUAGAUAUUCUGAAGAAGACUCUGUGUGUGGACACAUUUCCAAGUAGCCCAUCUAGUUUUCUGAGUCGUGGAAAAGGCGGUAGAAGUUUAAACCAGACCAGAAGUCGCCAUCUGACAGAACAAGAAAGCAAUAGCCAGAAAAGCUUGAACGCUGCAAAUGAUGCAAAACUGGAUGGAUGUACAAAGUCAAUUGACAGGACUCUCCAAGAAGUGUUAAAUUUGCUAAAAUUCCAUGAUGUUGGUCAAACCCAGCUGGAGAAAUUGGAAUACCAAGUUUUAACUCUGAGGGAUAAAUUAAAGCUAAGGACACUUCAUCACAAACAUUCAUCUAUGGAAAGUUUAAUGGUGGAGACAGUGCUGGAAAGUUUUAACUUUUUAAAUGCUGACUGUAGCGCUGAUGAAGUUUCAUUAUUUGGAAGCAUAAGAACAGCCAGUAUCAGCACGUACAAUGACAACACAUUUCAGUCCCUGAGCUGUGAUAUGAAAACAGAAACAAGAGAUGUAACUACUGGUGAUGACAGAUUAGAUGUACUUUUAAUAACUCAUCUGAAGCUGUGCAAAGCACUUUUGCAGAAACUGAGGUCACCAAAUGUAGCCCAGAUUAUCCAAGAAAAUGUUUUGGAAGAAGUGUCAGAGCAGUUGCGAGUCCUGGGGGAUGUCUUGGAUAUGUCUGUUGAAGAAAUUAUUCAGAAGAGUAAAAAGAAGAAGCACUAUCUAAAAAUCUGGAGUGAUGUUGCAGACCCUGGCGGUAUCCUGUUUGCUUCAGCAGAAAGAUUCUGUCAAGUACUGAAGUACAUGUUGGCGCUCAAGAUGAAGGAAAAGUACCCUGGCCAAUUAGAAACAGUUCUACAAAGAUUGCUAGAGCAGAUCGUCACCUGCGAUGGCUUGCUGCCUUCUGUGUAUCUCCAAACAGAACCAGUUACUUUAUUCCAAUUUUAUAGCUACCUGGAGAAACACCAGGUUACCAGCCUGGAGAAACAUGUAGGAAGACUUGCUAAAGAAGUGAUGCUAAUUGAAGAGCUGCAGUGCCCUGGACGGCUAAAGACCCUUAAAAAAUUGAAAGGGAAGCGUCUGAAUCGGCUCCAGCCCCUGCCGCAGUCUUUGCGGCUUCUUGGAAUUUUACAGCUUGAUGACAACCACCGCGUCAGCAGAGCAGCCACGUCCUGCCUGUCCCGUGCAGCAGCAAACAAGAACUUCAGGGAAAAGGCUCUCCUUUUUUACACUGAUGUUUUAGUUGGCAGCGAUGCAAGACUUCAGCAAGCUGCGUGUUUGGCCCUUAAAAAUCUCAGAGGCAUAGAGAGUAUUGAGCAGGUUGCCCACCUGUGCCAGUCUGAAACAGAGGAUGUAAGGAAUGCAGCCAGGGAAGCAACGCUGUCCUUUGGUGAAAAGGGACGACAAGCCUUUGAGAAAAUGGACAGGAUUUGCUGUGAAUUAAGGGACGCUGUGCAGCAGGAGGCUGAAAUUGAGAUCACAGUAUUUUAGUAGUGGAGCAUAAGGAGAUAAGUCAUACUGUCCUCACAGCCACUUGUGGGUACCCCAGGGUUUAGUUUUGUUGUUUAUCAGCAUUUUCUUUACUUACACCCUGCUGUGUACAUGCUGCCUACUGACAGUAGUUUUGUUUCCAAAGUGGAUGCAGUUUGUAAUCGGAAUCUAAAUCAAAUAGACUGGAAUCUACAUUUUUUUUUCCCCACUUUCAGCAUUGAUAAUCUGAAAUGCUGAAGAAAAAAACAAACUGGGGUCUGUAAGAAUGUCAAACCAGGCUGCAGUAUGAGUGAAGCCUUCAUCUCACAGCGGUGAUCCAAGAGUCCAUCUAGAACCUUGCUGACAACUGAUUGUUUCCAUCAGCUGCCCUGUGAGUAAGAAAAUCUGGCAGCAUUGCUUGAUGGUUUCUUUUCUUUCUAAUGUGGUGCUGCUGCAGAAGGAGCAGUGCCUUGUUUCAAAAGCUGUUUUCUUUUCGUUUUUAUUUUUUGUAUCAGUGCAACUUAGGACAGGUUUGAGCAAAGAUGGGCAAGGACAAAUAGUGUAAAUCCUCUGCAGUUUACAAGGGAAGUUAUUUAUCGUAUUAGCCAUGUACAAAUCAGACUGCCAUGCGGGCAGAGCUGUGUAAGUUUUUUAGGGCAAAAAAGCAUUUUAUUCUUUUAGUCAUAGGUCAAUAUUUGUAUAAUCAUGUGUCACUGCCAGGCUCCUUACCCCCCGCUUCAUGUAAGGGGAGGGUAACCAUGAUGUGAACCAUGGCUUCAGGUGAAACACUUGAAAAGGUGUGUGUGUAAAUAUUUUAUAUAUAACACUUUUUCUAUUCAGUAUUUAUUUGUUGGAUUUUAUACUUUCUGGACUUCUAAUAAAACUUUUGAGACAAA